AGAGGGGCGGGGCUGCUAAAGAUCUAAACUGAAAACAAGUCAAUAAGAAACAGAAUAAGAAAGCUUAUGGAGAACUCUACAGUGCAGCCGAACAUCUCAUUAACCACGCCACACAUGGAUCAUCAAGUAGAGCCUUGGAAAAUUGUGGUACCUUUGUUUCUGAUCAUUUUAUUAGCUGUGUUUGUGGCCUCUGCCAUCCUGGUUGUUAUCUAUUGCUAUAAGAGAUGCUACAAGAGAAAUACAGUGUUCCCUGUGAUAGUCAUAGACAGAGUGACUUCAAAAACCGAGCCUCCUCCUCAUGACAUCUCCCGAAAAAUCAUCACCGUCCGGGAGAAUUCUAACUUGAAUACGUUAGAUAAUACAUCAUCCCUUUUGUCUGUAAAUUCCUUGGACGAUUUUAAACCCACUAGAACUAAAUCGCUGACUCUGGUGUUACCUAAAGGCAAAACAUUCUUGGAAGUUUUUUGCAACAACGUGGACACUGAUGAAUUUCAAGAACUAGACAAAAUGAACGGAAAAUUGCGAUGGCAGAUCACGUUACUAGAAGUGAUGGACUCGGAUCAGCAAUCACAUAUUUCCCUUUCAGACAAUGAGCAAGUCACAGAGACACAGUAUCGUCAGGGUGUGUAUAUGGAUUGGGAGAACACACUGCAUGAUCUCAGGAAUGCUUUUAUUGGGACUCGACAGAUUGAGAGGGAAGAGGCUGCCUUCUGUUUCCUGUGGACUGAUGUUCCUGGAGAGCAUAUCGAUGUUGCCUCUGAGAGUAGUACCUGUCUAAAGGAACUAAGUCGUUCCUCCACUGUCACUAGCAGAACUGUUUACAUAGAGAGAGUUGACCCAGAAGAGGUGAAGAAGUGUUUGUGCAUCUGUGGGAAGCACUCUUUGUUUCAGUGCAGUCACUGCCAGGACAGAGGGUACUGCUCACACCGCUGUCAACAAGAGGACACUAGUCAUAUCCACUGAUGUCAGAUAUUAAUAGCUUUUUAUUACACAAUGAAUCAUGUACUCAAUUUGUCUUGUUGAUUUUUACAUUGCAUUUACUGCGCAUGUGCAGUGAUGCAUAUCCAUAUCCCAGACUCCCA